CACACACACACACACAGAAGCACACUCCUAGGUUUUAAUCUCAACUCUGUUGUUUUCUGUUUAUGCCCUGGAAACAUUACUUCAUCUCUUUGUAGCUCAGUUGCUCAUCUGAAGAAUGGGAAUUAUAAUAAUGUCUUUUCUUGAGGUGGUUGUGAUAAAGAUUCUCAUAUAUGUAAAGAUAUAAGAACAGUGCCUAGCAAUAAUAACACCCAAUAAAUAUUAGUUUUAACGUUAAUGUCAAUUUCUGGUUGGACAUCUGAAUUUGUAAAAAUUAAGAGUCAAAUGAUGAAGUUGCAGUCUUCCUCUUGUAUUUUGAAAUAUUCUCAGUCAUGUUUUUGUUAAGCAUUUCUUGAGAAUGUUCCAUGUUCCAGGCAGCCUGUGUGCUGCUGUGCUACGAUGGUGAAUGAGCACGGGGAUUUCCUGCUCUCAGAUGCUUAGUGGAAAGGGCAGAUGUUAUUAUUAAUGUCUAAUAUUUGAGCUUUACUAUGGGCCAGGCUUUUGCUAAACCCACUAUAAAAGUUAUCACCUUUAAUCCUAACAGAUACCCUACAGAUUAAAUAUAAACAUUAUCCUCAUUUCACAUAUGAGGUUGAAUUUAAUUUAACUUGCUCAAGAUUAUACAGCUAUUCAGUGACACAAUUGGAAUUAAAUCCAAAGUCCAGUCUUUAUUUAACUGCUCUGCUGGAUGGUAAAUAAAGGCAUAAUAAUAAUUGUGAUUAUUAUUAAUCCUAGCCUGCCUUUCUCUUAAUAGAUACAGGAAUCAAAUAGAGAUAAACAUGAGCACUUUAUUUCUGGUAAAGCUGGCAUGGAGAAUGGCCUGGCCACUUGAUCGAAGUGGGCCUCUUACUCCUUCGCUGCCGAGCUGGGCUUGCACACUCAGUCCCUGAUGAGGAGAGUUAAGAAGCUGGGUCACAUAGGAACUGGGACCAUUUCCCUGCUGUCUAGCCAGUUUAGAGAACUGAGUUUAGAGAAGAGAAAAAACUUAAAUAGUAUCUUGAGAGGGAGGAAGUCGCUCUUUUAUGGGUUUGAAGGGACAAGGGGAGUAGAAGAGGAGCCUUUAUCCCUUUAUAUGGGAUAAGGAGGGAGUCAGUGACAAGGUUGUGACAGAGUGACUGCCUGGGACCUCCUAGUGGUGACUAAGCCAAUAGUUGAAGGAUAAGGAUUUGGCGUGGAGGCAAAGAGGAUUCAGGAACAGCCUGUCCCAAGUAGUUUAAGGAACUGAAAGGAGUCAGAGGAAAGGGUGGCGCAGAGCUGGGUGGAGUGCCCUGUGGGGUCAGGUCACACAGCCUUGUAGUCCAUGAUAAGAAAUUUGCUUUUUUUCUGUAUGCCAGGGAAAUUCCUUGAAGGGUUUAAAGCGGAGGAAUCGUGUGGACUAGUUUACAUUUUUUAGAAGACUGAGGUACAGGCUGGGCACAGUGGCUCAUAUCUGUAACCCACACUCUGGAGGCUGAGGUGGGAGGGUCAUAAGUCCAAGCUAGCCUGGGCUGUGCUGUGAGACCUGCCUCAGAAUACAUUUGUACUGGAUGCUAGUCGAGAAUAUAUCAGAAGAAGGCCAGGGUGUGGUUCAUGUGGCAGAGCACUCACCUAACAAGUAAGUGCAAGGACUUGAGUGCAAACUCCAGUACUGCCAAAAACCCACCCAAGCUAUAUCAGCUACAUUUUAAGCCUGGUGUGAUGGUGUAUGCCUGUAAUCUCAGGCAUGAGGCAGUAGGUUAAGGCCAGUUUGGGCCACCUAGUGACUGUAAAAAAGUAUAUUAGAAGGGGGAAAACAGAAAGAAAGGAGUCCUGUAGGCAAGCUGGUGAUGCGAUGACAGACUAAUAUGACAGUGGUGAAAUGAAGAGAAGCUGAAUUUGAGUGCUGCUUUUGACACAAAAACUGGGUUGCGUGUGGCAGUGAAGAAGCUGUCCAGGCCAUUUCAGUCCAUCAUUCAUGCCAAAAGGACCUACAGAGAGCUGCGGCUGCUUAAACACAUGAAACAUGAAAAUGUGAUUGGUCUAUUGGAUGUUUUCACACCUGCAAGGUCUCUGGAGGAAUUCAAUGACGUGUAUCUGGUGACCCAUCUCAUGGGGGCUGAUCUGAACAACAUCGUGAAAUGUCAGAAACUCACGGAUGACCACGUUCAGUUCCUUAUCUACCAAAUUCUCCGAGGUCUAAAGUAUAUUCAUUCAGCCGACAUAAUCCACAGGACUAAUAAAAGAAGGACUUAUAGUUUGAAGGCUAAUUUGGCCUGUAGGCUGAAGACAGUGUGUACACAUCUGAAUGAGGACCUCAAACCUAGUAAUCUAGCUGUGAAUGAAGACUGUGAGCUGAAGAUUCUGGAUUUCGGACUGGCUCGACACACUGAUGACGAAAUGACAGGCUACGUGGCCACCAGGUGGUACAGGGCCCCUGAGAUCAUGCUGAACUGGAUGCAUUACAACCAGACAGUGGAUAUCUGGUCAGUGGGAUGCAUAAUGGCCGAGCUGUUGACUGGAAGAACGUUGUUUCCUGGUACAGACCAUAUUGAUCAGUUGAAGCUCAUUUUAAGACUCGUUGGAACCCCAGGGGCUGAGCUUUUGAAGAAAAUCUCCUCAGAGUCUGCAAGAAACUACAUCCAGUCUCUGACCCAGAUGCCGAAGAUGAACUUUGCAAAUGUAUUUAUUGGUGCCAACCCCCUGGCUGUUGACUUGCUGGAGAAGAUGCUCGUAUUGGACUCAGAUAAGAGGAUCACAGCAGCCCAAGCCCUCGCACACGCCUACUUUGCUCAGUAUCACGACCCUGAUGAUGAGCCAGUGGCUGAUCCUUACGAUCAGUCCUUUGAAAGCAGAGAUCUUCUUAUAGAUGAGUGGAAAAGCCUCACCUACGAUGAAGUCAUCAGCUUUGUGCCGCCACCCCUUGACCAAGAAGAGAUGGAGUCCUGAGCACCUGGUUUCUGUUGUGUUGAUCCCACUUCACUGUGAGGGGAAGGCCUUUUCACAGGAACUCUCCAAAUAUCAUUCAAGUGCCUCUUGUUGAAAGAUUUCCUCCAUAGUGGAAGGGGUGCGUGUGUGUGAGACGUGUGUCUGUCUGUCUGUCUGUCUGUCUGUCUUUGUGGAAGGUUAAGAGCAUAAUAUGAGCUAACUGUGAUCACAGUGACUUUACAUGGAGUUGUGGAGGCUCCAUGGCAGGCAGCCUCUGCCUGCUCUUUUUCCCAUCCAAGUAAGUACUUACCAGGCCCAACCCUGCUCAGCUUCCAAGACCAGAUGAGAUCAGGUGCAUUCAGGGUGGUGUGGCCGUGUGUGGACUCUGCCUGCUCUUCUGAGAGUUGGCCCAGGCAGACAAAAGCUGCCAUGUUGUUAGGGAUAUGCUAAAUGCAAAAUAAAAAAAACAUUAAAUGUCCUGGACCCCAAUCAUGCUUUUGCCACUUUGGCCUCUUCUGUGGGCCCACCUUGGUGGUUGGGGGUAGACUUGACCACACAGCACAGUGGUAUACCGAGAAGGCUCACAGCUCAUUGCUUCAGGUCCAAGGCCGUCCCUCCGUGAUGCAUGCAGCCAAAAAGGACCAACUGGCUUCUGUGCACUAGCCUGUGAUUAACUUGCUCAGUGUGGUUCUCAGAAUGUGACAGGUUGUGUUUGAAACUAUAAAUAUGUUUGUGCCUUAAAAGGAGAAAAGGACGUGUAGAUGGUUAAAAGACUGCAGCUGCUGAAGUUCUGAGCCAGCCAAGUAGACAGAGCUGUUGGAUGGCCACUUGUGAGGCUGAAGAAAUGAGGCAUCUUUCAGGGGCAGCCAUGUGUGCGCAUGCGUGUAUAUGCAUUUCCUCUCCCUCGCCCCUGGUGGUGGUGCCAAUCCUUUACUCAUGCCUCACCUUCAGGGUAGAGGUCUCCUGAGAGUGGGCCCUGUGGUCAGGUGCAGGUUCCUGCUGUCAGUGCGCUUCCUGUGUGCUCUUUAUUUCUAGCAGAGUGAGGAUGUGUUUGCACGUCUUGCUGUUUGAGCAUGCACAGCUGCCCCUCCUGUUCUCUUCAGGAGGCCCUGUCCCAGGCGAGUUUACCCGUGAAGACUUCUUGGUAGUUGGGAUUCCAUGUCACCUCAGCUGAUGCUGUGGGCGAGUGGCCUCAUCCUCUGCAGCCCCAGCGCUAUUGUGUUGAACACAAUUGAUGCUCCAAGUGCUCUUGGUGUAAGAACCAUGAAAAAUGGAAUAGGUGGAUGGAUAGCAUUUUCAUUCUUGCCAUCUGAUUUUCAGCAAACUUUUUGGGGACCUAUCAUGGGAAAGAUGAGGGUGCUUCCCAGGAAUAAUCCCAAACUUCGGAAAACAAGUCGUGCUCUUCACUCCCAGUUACCAAUGCUCAGAACUGCUGAAGAUCAAAGUAAAAAAUGAAAGUGCAUGAGACCAGAAACUCCUUUUGCUGUCUUUCUCUAAAUGGUUAUUUUAAGUAGUCACGAGGUGUCUCUCCACCUCUCUGUGGAAAGGGCCUUGGCAGCUUAACAUUAAUUGAUUUCUUGGUCUUGGUUUGGGGAGAAAUAAAUUUUGUUGCAGAAUUUUGUAUAUUGCAGGAAUCCUUUGAGAAUGUGAUUCCUUUUGAUGGGGAGAAAGGGCAAAUUAUUUUACUAUUUUAUAUUUUCACCUUUAUAGAUGAAAUAUCCUCAGGGGUGGAGAAAAGUUGUUUUUUUAAUUUUCUGAAUUUCAGGCAUUUUGUGCUUACACGAGGACCCAUCUCUUCAAACCUUUUGUGUAAUGAGAAAGUAUAAAGCCAAUUCCAGUGUGGGCCUUGUAACAAAUCUUGUAUUGAGGCCGAGAUGGCUCCAUUCUCUGCAGUGCAAUGACACAUGCCUCCAGAGGGGCAGCAUAGGACUAUAGGACCCCUGAAUCCGUGGAAGCCGGAAGGAAGGAGGCAGGGGGUGGUGAGUCCACCUGGUAUUCUGUGCCUUUAAAGGAAAGGCAACCAAAAGGCCUCAUCGCCUCCACAUGCAGCCCAAGUCCUCACCAUUGCAGCAAGGUGAAUCUCAUCAGCCAUGUUUGGUCGUAAGCGCUGUUGUGACUUCCUGCAGAACACUGCUCUGAGGAUCAUUAAAAAAGGCCUUUGCACAUGUGCUCCAAGAGCCAACUCUAGGCUGCAACCUGUGGGAGAGCUCCUUGGAUUCUAAGCAUAGUGUUCCCAUCUUUUGAGUUCUCUCAGCAGAAGACAAAAGAGAAUGAGGGAAACUGCUAUUUUAUUUGUAUUCGUGAACUUGGCUGUAAUCAGGUAUGCCAUAUAGGAUGUCAGACAAUACCACUGGUUAAAAUAAAGCCUAUUUUUCAAAAUCAGUGAGUUUCUCAAAUUUCUUACGCUUUUCUCUCGAUUGUUCUAACUGAAUGCACACAAUGGCAUUGUAUCUGCAUUCUUUCAGCUGUGGCCUGGCAUGUGUUCCUCAUAGGUCUUACUCCUAGCAUUUAGAAAGCAUUUAUAGUGCUUUCAGUGAUGUAUUUAUGAUGAAGAGAACCUGGGUCUUUGAUGUGGAUGGGAAAAGCCGAAAAAUAAGGUACUCGAGGCAGGUCUGUGUCACCAUACUGGUGAGAGUGGCCUUGCCCGGGGGUCAGCACACUGGCCCUGAGGCCACAUCCCACCCACUGUCUGUUUUUGUGUGGCCUGCUGAAAAUGGUUUUUAUGUUUUUAUAUGGUUGAAAGAUCAAAAGAAGAAUAUUUUUGUAGCAUG